AGUCUCUUGAAAAUGAUCACUUCUUUCUCUCAAAACACCACUUCCAACAAUGCUUUCUUUAUUUCCCCACCCUCUACCUCUCCUCCUAAGGUCCAAACACCACCUUUCUUUCCACUUCCACUCUCUUCCUUCCAAUUCAACCCCUCACAGUUUCACCAACCUCUCCAACCUCUUACAAGGCCGCAUUCCUCACUCUCAUCUCCUCCGAAUCCACGCCCACAUAAUUCUCGUGGGCGCAGAGCAAGACAACCUCAUAGCCACCCGUCUCAUCGGCCACUACCCAUCGCAGUCCGCUCUAAAAGUAUUCCACCAAUUACAGUCGCCCAACAUAUACCCUUCCAAUGCAGUCAUCAGGGUCUUGGCUGAAGAGGGUUUUUGCUCCGAUGCUUUCUUUGUCUUCAGAACAUUAAAAUCGCGGUCGGUCUCGCCCAAUGGGCUGACGUUUUCGUUCCUCUUUAAGGCCUGUUUUCCGGUUUGUGAUGCCCUUUGUGUAGGACAGAUUCAUAACCAUGUUGUGAAAUGCGGUUUGGCGCGUGAUUGUUUCGUUUGCAAUGGUCUAGUUAGUGUUUAUGCAAGGGGUGUAAAAGAUUUGGUGUCGGCGCGUAAGGUGUUUGAUGAAAUGCCUGAGAGGAUUAUGGUUUGUUGGACAUCUUUGAUAACUGGGUAUGCCCGGUCAGCUCAGCACGAGGAAGUUCUAAAGCUUAUUUUAUCGAUGGUUCAGGAGGGCCUGAGGCCAGAAGAUGAUACUAUGGUUGGUCUUUUGUCCGUUUGUUCGAAUCUUGAGAUUGUAGAAAUUGAGAAUUGGAUUAGAGUCUUAUCCGAACUUAUUGAUGGUCUUCGUUAUAAUAAUUUGACUAAUGACUGGGUUAAUACCGUUCUUGUUUAUUUGUAUGGGAAAUGGGGGAAGAUGGACAAAAGCAGAGAAAGAUUUGACCAGAUUGCCGACACUAGUAAAAGAAGUGUGGUUCCUUGGAAUGCUAUAUUGAAUGCUUAUGUCCAAAAUGGUUCUCCUUCUGAGGCUUUGAGUCUUUUUGGCCUGAUGAUGGAGUGUCAUUAUUGUAGACCCAACCAUAUUACUGUGGUUAGUGUGCUUUCAUCUUGUGCUCAAAUUGGAGAUUUAGACCGUGGAAUGUGGGUUCACGAUUACUUAAAGGCUGAAGGGAGGAAAGGUAUUCUUGCUCGUAACACAAAAGUAGCCACUGGUUUGAUAGACAUGUAUUCUAAAUGUGGGAAUUUGGUAAAGGCGAGAGAGGUUUUCGACCAGAUGUUAACGAAAGAUGUUGUCUCGAUCAAUGCUAUGAUAAUGGGUCUUGCAUCAAAUGGUAAAGGAGAGGAUGCAUUAAGGCUUUUCUCCAAAGUUAAAGAUUUCGGUUUGCGUCCUGAUGCAGGAACCUUCAUUGGCGUUCUUUGCGCAUGCUGUCACUCAGGCUUACUGGAGAAUGGCCGUCAGAUUUUCUUGGAAAUGAGCCAAGGCUUUUCUGUCCCCCCUAAAUUAGAACAUUAUGCUUGCUAUAUAGAUAUCCUUGCACGGAUGGGUCUUGUUGAAGAAGCGCUCGAAGUUGUUAACUCCAUGCCUUUUGAGCCUAAUGAUAUCGUGUGGGGGGCUUUGCUUGGGGGUUGCUUGCUCCACAAUCGAUCAGAGUUGGCUCUAUAUAUUUCCAAAAUGCUUGUCAAGUUGGACCCUCAAAAUUGUGCAGGCUAUGUAAUGUUGUCAAAUCUGUUUGCAGCUGAUUGUCGAUGGGUGGAUGUCUCAGGGGUGCGGUGGUUUAUGCGGGAAAAGGGCAUGAAGAAGCAGCCAGGGUGUAGUUGGAUCAGUGUCAACGGGAUUGUGCACGAAUUUCUUGUGGGCUCCCAAUCACAUCCACAGGCUGAUACCAUUUGUCGUACAUUGGAUGGAUUGGUGAAGGAAAUGAAGUUGGCAAAUUCCGUAGGUAGUUCAUAGGGCUGAUGAGAGAUGCAUUAGAAGUGUUUGGUAUGUAUUGUUUCCCCAGGAAGAUCCUUUUGAGAAUCAACUGCACUGUAUCCAUCCGUGGUGGGUAUGCUUCUUCACUAUUACUACAUGUGAUUUUUGUCCGAGACAGUAGUUGUGAUGGAAAAAGAAGAAAACAACUUGGGCGCUUCAACGUUAGGAACCUGAGAUAUUGUUUGUGUUACAAAAAAUGUUUACAAUCGGGAAUCAAGAAUAUGAAUUCUGUUACAAUUACAGAAACGGAAUUACAACGGAAUGAAAAUAGAUACAGAAAUUGCAAACCGAAUAUGUAAUAUAGUUGUGAACCGAAACCCGUGUUUCACGCAGUAUCCUUAAAACAGAUUCACCGCCUACCGGAGGGUGUUGACUUUACUCGGCGUCUGUCUCCCAGGAUUGAUCCGGCUCAGACCACGAACGUCGGAACACCACCGAAGAACGUCUUGGCGAACUAACUCAGCGUCUUUCUCUCUCUCACACUACAUCAGAAUGCUAGUAGACUCGUGUGAAUUGGUGUUGAACUAUGCUGUGAAAUGCUCCUUAUAUAGGCAGAACUUGACCCUUGUAACGCUGCCUGGCCUUCAAUUCGUGAAGUAAAUGACAGAAUGAAUGGGAAAAACCCCCCACAAUGAAUAGAGGAAUAACCCCCACAAUGAAUAGAGGUAAUGCCCACCAUGAAUAUGGGAAGUAAAGGGCCCCCAAUCCAUUCAAUUUCCCAACAGUUUGUGGCAUCCAAUAUGCAUGCUGCUAUGUCAAGUCCAUGAAAUUUGAGAUCUGUGCUUGAACCAUUGUAUUCUGACCAACAAAUGUGAAUGCAUAUUGCUCUCUGUCGAUCCAUAUUUUCAAAGUCCCUUGUGAUUAUAUAUUUUAUACAGAAUUCUUGUUUGUUUGUUGGGAGAUUAA